UCUCGAUCAUUAUAGACAAAUUUGACUCUAUCUAAAGGAUGGAGCAAUCUAUUUCCCAGCAGUCACCCAAUGCUCUCAGAGGGUUUCGAGUUCAAGCUCCAUUGGUUGAUUCUGUAUCUUGCUAUUGUAAAGUUGAUUCUGGAUUGAAGACAGUUGCUGAGGCCAGAAAAUUUGUCCCAGGAUCGAAGCUUUGUAUCCAGCCUGAUAUCAAUCCCAAUGCACACAAGAGUAAAAGCUCUCGCAGAGAGAGGACUCGAGUCCAGCCACCUCUUCUCCCUGGCCUUCCUGAUGAUCUUGCCAUUGCAUGUCUGAUUCGAGUUCCUCGUGCUGAACACCGAAAACUCCGUGUAGUUUGCAAGAGAUGGUAUCGGCUUUUGGCUGGUAAUUUCUUUUAUUCUCUUAGGAAAAGUCUUGGAAUGGCAGAAGAGUGGGUUUAUGUCUUCAAACGAGAUCGUGAUGGAAAGAUAUCAUGGAAUGCAUUUGACCCUAUCUAUCAGCUGUGGCAGCCACUUGCUCCAGUUCCAAGGGAGUACUCUGAGGCCGUCGGUUUUGGCUGUGCUGUUCUAAGUGGUUGCCACCUGUACUUGUUUGGAGGAAAGGAUCGACAAAGGGGUUCAAUGAGACGUGUUAUUUUCUACAGUGCUCGGACUAACAAAUGGCACAGAGCACCAGAUAUGCUUCGAAAACGUCAUUUCAUUGGUUCCUGUGUAAUAAAUAAUUGCCUUUAUGUGGCUGGUGGAGAAUGUGAGGGAAUUCAUAGGACUUUACGAUCUGCUGAAGUUUAUGAUCCUAACAAAAACAGAUGGAGUUUUGUUCAAGAUAUGAGCACAGCUAUGGUACCUUUCAUUGGGGUAGUUUAUGAUGGGAAGUGGUUUGUUAAAGGGCUGGGGUCCCAUCGUGAGGUUAUGAGUGAAGUAUAUGAUCCCGAAUCUAAUUCCUGGUCUCCUGCUAGUGGUGGGAUGGUUUCCGGUUGGCGCAACCCUAGUAUAUCUUUAAACGGACAGCUGUAUGCCCCGGAUUGCCGUGAUGGAUGCAAGCUUAGGGUGUAUGAUGGAGCCACAGAUUCUUGGAGUAAGUUCAUUGAUAGUAAGCUCCAUUUGGGGAGUUCUCGAGCCUUGGAGGCUGCUGGCCUAGUUCCUCUCAAUGGCAAGCUUUGUGUCAUCCGCAAUAACAUGAGCAUAAGUCUCGUUGAUGUUUCCAGCCCGGAUAAACAGGUUGAAAGCAAUCCUCAGCUUUGGGAAAACAUUGCAGGUAGAGGACAUUUCAGGACUCUUUUUACUAAUAUAUGGUCGAGUAUAGCAGGGCGAAGUAGCUUGAGAAGUCAUAUCAUUCACUGUCAGGUGCUUCAAGCAUGAUAAGGGAGAUUGGAAUAUACCCAUCCAUGUUCAAAUUUCCCGCAUUUGUUUAGUUUUUCUUGCCUUGGUAGUCAGAUCUCAAAUGUUUAUUCGUUCACUGAUAUUUCACAGUUCGGCUCAGCAUCUCCUGAAUGGAAAAACUGACUAUAUUCUCCGUUACCUUUCCCGACGUUUUGAUUCUUGCUAUGGUGAUUGAUAUCAACGGUGAGCCCCUAGGAGAGGGGACUGAUAUCCACAUUAGGAAUG